CCAAAAUGGAAAAAUUGCAAUAUUUCUCUAUUUUAUUCACUGGAGGAAAAGGUUGUGGAAAGAGUAUGAUGAUUGUUUGCUUUAUUAUGUUCUUCAUUGAAAUGGGAUAUGAACUUAAAGUUUCUGAACACAGAUCACCAAAGGAGGCAUUUGUUACAGCAGGAACUGAUGAUCAUGUCACAACAAAAUUUCAAGUUGCCAGAUUGGAGAAGAAGAUCAAUAACAAAACUAUUGUAUUAGAAUUGAUUGACUCUCCAGGAAUUGAAAAGAGUUACAAGGGUCAACCUUGGUAUGGAGACAUGAAGGAAACAUUCAAGAAAAUAAUGGAUGGUCAAGUGAGAGCCAACUCUUGUGUUUUCGAAGAAAGAAGGCAUACUCUCAAUUCAACUAAUCCAGAUGAAAACAUUCCAAAACCAAUGUUAGCACUUGUUUGUUCAAACCAAGCAUCAGUUGAAUCUGGAAAUGCCAACGAUCCAUUAUUGAACGUCCUGACGAAACAAUUACAAAAGAGGGCCUUCUCUGUUUCUACCAAAAUUGACCAAUCUAUGGAAAAGGAUGAUAAGAAAACAACAGUGUUAAAGUUCAAUAAUGGAAAAUUUGAAGAAGUUUUGAAUGAUAUUCGUUGUGUUGGUGAUCAGAAUGAUUUACAAUUCUUUUCACUUACAAAAGAAACCUAUUUCAAAUUUAAAGAUUGUGAUGAUAUUAUCAAGUUGCACACUGCCAGAUUCAUUCACAGUAUUCUUGAUAUGUAUAACAAAAAUUGCUAAAUGGGAUUCCUUUUUUCAAUUUUUAAAUAUUUUGUAAAUUAUUUUAAAAUUUAUUAAACAUUUAUUGUAUUUGUU